ACAGUAUUUGUUGGCAUAAUUGUUGGAAUCGUUUCAAAUGCAACACAAUCGUUGGGGAUAACAUUGCAACGAAAAUCGCAUAUUCUAAAAGAACUUAAUUCUGAUCCUACUUCAAAUUCAAAUCGAAGCCAUAUCAAAAUACUAUGGAGAACUGGGUUCCUUCUCUUUAUCAUUGCAAAUGUAUUUGGUUCAAGCAUUCAAAUCUCAACACUCCCUUUAAUCAUCCUAAGUCCUUUACAAGCAACUGGUUUGGUAUUUAAUUCAAUACUUGCCUCUGUUAUUUUGAAAGAAAACUUUACAAAGAAGACCCUACUUGGAACAAUAUUGGUUAGUAUUGGUGCUUUUUUAAUAGCAUAUUUUGGCUCUCUACCUCAACCUCAAAGAAGUUUGAUUGACUUGAUUAAUCUAUUCAAGAGAAUCCAGUUUUUGCACUGGCUACUUUCAAGUUUCAUAAUAGCCAUAGUGAUCAAUAUUUCAUUACCCUCAAUUUCCAACUUAAAAGAAUAUUUAACAAGAAAUCUGAAAAUAUUUUUCAAAAGGUUUAAAUCCUUUGAUUACCCCUUAUAUGAAAAACUAUUAUUCAUCCAGGGAAUACUAUUUGGCUUAAUAUCAGGUUUACUAUCUGCUCAUGCACUUUUAUUAGCAAAAUCUGCUGUCGAGAUCUUGGUCAACGCAAUUGUUUCCCAUAAACCAGAUGAUUUGAAAAACCUCGAUUCUUGGGUGAUUGUAGUAAUAUGGUUCUGUUUUGCUGUCGCCCAACUUUACUAUUUAAAUCUUGGUUUAAAAAUCACCUCUACAACAAUUGUUUACCCACUAACGUUUUGCGUUUUCAACGUGGUCAAUAUCUUAAAUGGCUUGAUUUAUUUUGACCAGUUGGAAAAACUAGAUAACAUUGACAUUUUUUUCAUCUUUUUUGGUGUUCUAUUAAUCGUAAUUGGUGUUUCUUCGUUGAGCUGGAAUUUCAAUGAU